ACGACGUGCGGUCAACCAAAACUGAUGUUGAAAUGUUAUGCAGUAUUAACACAGUGUCGAAACGCUGUGUUUUCUUCUUGUGCUGCUGCUUGGCCAACUUUUCCUCGACAUUUGCACCCAAGACGUUUUAUUAUGGCAGCUCUCAUAGAAGAGGACCUGAAACAUUGCCUAGAAGGCGUAACAGUCUCCAGGUUGAUGGGUCCCAAUGAAGCCAAUUUUGCUGGGAAUGUUCAUGGUGGGAAUAUCCUAAAGCUAAUGGAGGAGGCAGGGUGCAUCCUAGCCACUAGAUACUAUAAUGUGGCUGGCAAAAAGAACCUCCCCAACUAUCAGCCAGGUAUGGCAGCGCUGGUCAGGGUUGAACGCACUGACUUUUUACAACCCAUGUAUAUAGGUGAGGUGGCCGAACUCCACACAGAGCUCACCUUCACCUCUGCUCACUCCAUAGAAGUCUUAAUCACCGUAUUUGCUGAGGACUGUAUCAAGGGACAAAAACGUCUCACAAACAGAGCUAGACUAUGGUACGUCUCCAUGAGCUCUGAUGAGAAGGUGCUGCCCAUUCCUCCACUACCUAACACCAAGAAAAUAGAACAGGGAAAAAUUAGAUAUGAGAAACAGAAGAAGGAGCGUGCUGCCCAUAGACAUACCAGGAUUGAGAGAGUUCCGUCUAUUUUGCAAGAAGAACUGGAUCCUCAAACUGUGGGCUACUCCCAAACUACACUACGCCAUCUAGUGGGAGUGGUAGAUACUAACAGCGCGGGUUAUGUAAUGGGAGGAGUCAUCAUGAAGUUAAUGGACGAGUGUGCCGGACUUGUGGCCGUCAAACACUGCAAAACUAACGUGGUGACAGCCAGCAUGGAUGCGACAAACUUUCACCAGAAAGUUAAAAAGGGUAGCUUGGUUACCUUGACGGGGUUCAUCACCUUCACCAGUCCCAAGUCAAUAGAGAUAGAAGUUGUAGUCGAUGCAGAGUUUCUAAGAUCUGGGUCAGCUCAAAAAGAGAGGGCAGUCAGUUCUUUCUUUACGUUUGUCUCUCUGGACUCAAAUCACAGACCAAUGCCUGUGCCACAGAUUAUGCCUGUGACAGAAGAGGAGCUAGAACGACACAAAGCUGCAGAAGAGCGAUACCUGGAAAGAAAACGUCAACGCGAACAAGAGAGCACAUCUUAAACAACAUGCCAGAGAUGGGACUAAGUCAGCCAUUUCAGGGCUUUCCCCUUUUUAUGUGGGAAAGAAGGCGUGGAGUAGUUUCUUUGUUUUGUAUAAUUGUGAAAAUGCAAUAAUUUUAUUUGGUGGGGAGGGGUAUUCUCUCUUUCCAUCUCUGCAAUAGAGAAGGAGAGUACCUGCCAAAAUUGAUCUAAAAGUUGGAACAAAUUUUAAGUCACAGAUUGGUGUUCAGAUACUUUGUUGUUGAUUAAAUGCACAAUCAUUCAAUUUUAUUGAAUGAGCCUACUGUUAGGAAUGAUGUGUUAUAUUGCUAGAAAUGAGUGAUUUUAAUGAAUUACAUUGCAUUCCAUUUUUGUUUUGUCAGAAGAAUCUGAGUAAUUGUGGCAGUAUUUCUGCAUUUACAUGAUCUUUCACUUUAACUUUUUAGCAGUUUUGUGUUUGAGGGGAAACUUUGUCUUAAACAUUUCUAUUUGAAAUAGACUGUUAUCGUGUUAUUAUAUCCUUAUGUGCUUUUUGUGUGAGGAAUUAAUGAGUGGAAUCAAGCAGAAAAAAUUAGGAAAUCAAAGCUUUCAUUAAAACUUAUUUAUUUUAGAUAUUUUAAAUAUUGUGAACAAAUUAGAUUAUUGUUGAUCAGUGCCACGGUAAAGUUUUUAAAAACCCUUACCUAAGUUAUUUUUCCCUUUUAAGAUAAUUUGUAUACUAAUGUCAGUUUAAGGUCAACAUUUGAUAGUCCUGCACACAAAUAAAGAUUAAUUUAAGAGAAAUGAAUUAUUGCGUU